CACGCCUUCCGCUGAUUUUUGUCCCAGUUUGCACGGGGAUGCGUCUUGACUCACAAAAAGCUUCAAGAUCCGACUCGUGCUUUUUGCCAAGACAUCUCUCCACUUUUCGCGCACGCAUCGUCUCCGAGGCUGCGCCGCUCUCGGCCCAAGAUGACGGGGGUUUUUGAGAACCUGAACACAGAUAUGCAUUCGAACCAGAUUACCUCAAACAGUUACCACAGCUUGCACAAAUCGCAGGAGUCCCCCACCCUGCCGGUCUCCACGGCGACGGACAGCAGUUUUUACAACAACCAGCAGCCGGGACACUGCGCCGGGUCUCCCUUUGGCCAGCUCGGCUCCUACCAGUACCACGGCAGCGCCACGGGCUCUGUGCCAUAUCCUAAUGCAAAGUCAUACGACCUGGGUUUUAAUUCUACGUAUGGCACAUAUGGCUCUUACGGCUCCAACUCCUCUCCUACUCCAGCCGAGACAGAGAAAGAAGAAAGCGAGCCAGAAAUUCGGAUGGUUAAUGGAAAACCAAAGAAGGUCAGGAAACCUCGAACCAUUUACUCCAGCUUCCAACUGGCUGCUCUUCAGCGACGGUUUCAAAAGACCCAGUAUUUGGCUCUGCCAGAACGGGCCGAGCUGGCAGCUUCGCUGGGCCUUACGCAAACACAGGUCAAAAUCUGGUUCCAGAACCGCCGCUCCAAGUUCAAGAAGCUGUGGAAAAGUGGCGAGAUCCCUCCGGAGCAACACGUUGCUUCCAGCGACUCUCCUCCGUGCACGUCUCCGUCGACUACUGCCUGGGACUUUCCACAGACUCAAAGAAUGAACGGUGUCAGCUCGGUUUUACCUCAGAGCAGCGGCAGCCCUCCCAACACGACUGCGCCUUCGUCGUUUUUGGCAAACUACUCUUGGUAUUCAACGACGAACUCUACGACGCAUCUGCAGCCUCCUUUGGUCCAGCAUCACCACAACUCGGCUAUAAGCGCUGGGACGAUAUUCUGAAAUAAAAAUAGCAACAACAACAACAAAAGCAUCGGUUCUUAAUCGGACAAUAAAUAAAUGCCAAUACCUUGUUUUCACAGACCUCGUGUGCGUCUUUACGCGCAGAAGCUUGCAGAAAUGAACCCAGCAGGACAGGUCCGUGGACUAAUUUUGAUGCUGGUGAUGUGAUGGACACAGAUUUCUACACUUAUUUUUGUAUUUAUUUAUUUCCUUUGUGUGAGGGUUGAAUGAACCACUAUUACCCAAAGCAUUUACAGCGAGGCUGCGAGCCUAUUUUUACGCGGACGUCACUUUUUUUUUUUUUCUUUGACAUUUUCUGGAAAAGAAACCUGAAAACUUUGACAUCAGGACAACCUGGCUGUCGCAGAUGUAGCGAAAAUUAUAUCCUAACUGUAUUGUGCCUUUUGCAAUAUGACCUCAAUUUGUUCUGCGGGGAAAAAAAUAGCAUAUUCACUCCUCAGAUAGCUUAGUUGAUAUAAAUAUACAAGAGUGGUAAAGGUCUUUGUAAAUAGCUUAUUUUAUCACAACUUUUUCUUUUUUCUUUUUUUUUUUUACAGUCUUUGUUGCUCUGACUCUUCUCCUUAGGAUGUUGGUGCAAAUUCAUCAAUCACCGUACAAGCUACUGAUUGUUCCACCCCUGAUUUACUUGUAGUCCUGUUUUUUGAAACAUUUUUUAUUGUGGUUUGGUCUUAUUUAUUUUAGCAGUGUUUCAUACAUGGUCAGAUGUUAUUUAAAUAAAAUGUUUCCUGUGCUCAAG